UGUUCGCCGACAGUAGGGGUGGGCCCACCAAGAAACCUAGACUAAAAAUAAUUCCGAAUUUAAUCACGAUUUUUAAAAUAAGCUAGUCGCGAACGUCAACCGAAAACAAAAGGGAAACGAGUCUGAUUUCUGAAGAACGACCAGGCCGCAAGCGACUUUUGUUUUCAAUUCCUUUUCGCCGACAGUGACAACCGUUCGCGUUAACAGGUGGAGGAGUGGGGUGGGGAAAAGAGGGAAACAACAGCUCCUCACCUCUCGCCAUUAUUGAUAACAAUGCCACCGUUCUGCGAAUGAUUCCGGUUGAGCGCCAUCUUUUUCCCAAAGUCUUCGCCGAGGAUGAGCGAGGGAAGGCUGUAGGACGCCGUGACGUCGCACGUUAUGUGUGCACGUUCGGAGGCGGGGCCGUUUCCAUAGUGACCCAUGACUUUCAAUGGGGCGUGUGUGACUCUCAAUUAGCACAGCAAGUCACGUGCUUCGGGAGUCUCGUGGUUGUCACCUGAUCGCACAUGGCUGUUUUCCCCCUCCUCCCCCAGACUUGAAGAAAUGGGAGCAGGGAGGCCAAAGAGGCUACUUUACCAUUCAAUAAAAUCACGUCUGAUUUGACUGUGGCUUUGGUGCCACUAUCCUGUCUGUCCCACAUGGGUAUUAAUAACCAAAAAUCUAUCUCAACUCUGCCUUCAGUAUAAUCAAUAAUCCAGCCUCCACAGCUCUCUGCAGAAUUAAAUGUGAAAGACUUGAUUAGAAAUUCGUCCUCAUCUUUCACAUCUUUACUUGGGUUGCCACAAUGUACUUUGAUCACCCUUCUCCAUCUCCUGCUACCUCUUCCAAUACUGCUGCAUUCAAGUCGCUCGCUGACACAUCCUCCUAUUCUGUCUCCACCACUGGCCUAUGAACCAAGCUCAUGGCCUACAUAGCGCAAUGUUACCUGCCCUUCCGUAUGUGUUGGAGUCGUGGCCAAGAUGACACCUCAAAUCACUAGAGAAAUAUCACCAGUGAUUCCUCUGUUUAAUUGCUGCAAAUCCAAUGGCAGGAUCGGCACUCCCAUUUCAGUGUCCUAAGUCAGACUAACAUCCCCAGUGUCAAGGCACUGGUUACUGUAAAUCAGCUGCAUGGAGCAGGUCAUAUCAUCUCCAUGCCUGACACAAGACUUCCAAACAAACUGUCCACUGUGAGCUUUGUCACAGCAUGUGGUUACUAGGAGGACAAAGGAAAUGUUUCAAGGAAGUCCUCAAAGCCAGUCUGAAAACAUGUUGUAACCCCACCGAUUCACUGGUAUCUCUUGUCCAAGACUGGCUUAACUGGAGAAGAGUCCAUGAAGGUGCAAAUCAACUCAUGAAUCUGCAACAGACCCGGCUGGAGAUCAAACACGAUCAGCGAAGAUGAUCUCAGACCUGCUGAGUUUCUCUAGCUUUUAUUUUGAUUUUAUUGUGGAGGAAAUCAGAGUCAUUUUACAGGUUGGAAGAACAUUUGGGACCAAAGACAGAUAUGUGGAAAGAAACAAAGUGAACAAAUGAUGCAAAAGAUAUUGCCCAAGAAAGAGGAACGACAAAGAUGGAAGAGUGAACAUGGGUGAACAGCAAUCACUGUGGAGCAGAAAAUGUACUUAGUGACAAGAAAAGAAGAAGAUUCUUCGGUGUGGCUGGCAGACAACGAAGAUAUUUGGAUUUGCAAACUGAGAAGAAAUAUUUGGGAUUUCCCUCCGGCGCGAUAAACACCCCCAUGGCGUGAAUCAUGAAAAGAAAUGAAAAGUUGUAAAUCGCAAUUUCGCGUUGGAAAAUCUGCGGGCGGUUGACUGAAGGCGCUCGAAGAAAGAAAAAGAAAGUUUCGAAAAAAUCCUGACAACUUUCGAUUGCAAGGUUUCAGUGUCAGCUUCCCUCCUGGCGAUAGAAUUGGUUUCGGUGCGGAGUCGAGGACUUCCUGGGUGUCAAACUCGAUGAUAUUGGCUCCCUGGGCUCAAGGAUAUCAGGAGGUAGAAUAGAGGAGAGAAAAAAAAAUCAUUUGGAAUCUCUGCUCUCUGUUUUCUCUCAAUACCUUUCGCCACUACAGACGUGGCGGACUUUACACCUCCAGAUGGAUCCAGGACGCAAGCCAGCUUUCAGGGGAGCCAGACUGGUACCUGGACUGUUUGAGUGUGGAUUGCUUUUGUGUUGGGGAACAGUUUCCUUGUCUACCCUCACGGUCUCAGGAAUUGUUGGGGAAAGUGCUCUUCUGUCCUGUGUGGAUAGCUCUAUAAACAUUCAUGCUAUUGAUGAGAUACGUGUGUACUGGCAGAUGGCUGACCAAUUAGUCCAUGCCUUCUACACAGGCAAAGAACAAAAUAACCAGGACUACAGCAAUAGAACCAAACUUUUUACAAAAGAAUUCAAACAAGGCAACUUCUCCCUUCUCCUGUCUGACCUCCGAGUGAGUGAUGAAGCUGAAUACACCUGCGUAGUUCAGAUGAAACAGCAGACAGGGUACGACGUGGUUCUAUCUGUAUCAGUCAGUUUGCAAAUAGCAGCUGACUAUACAGAGCCGGUGUUGACUGCAAAAUCCGAGCAGGAUCAUGGGGCGUUUGUGAAGCUAAAUUGUUCCUCAUGGGGUGGGUAUCCAGAACCACUUGUAUACUGGACUAAUGACAUCACAAAUACCCUUCCUGAAAACAGUACAGUCAAGAAUGGCAUUAAUUGUUCUCGUGAAGGACUGUACAGCAUUACCUCCAUCCUCUGGAUCCAAGCUACAUCACACUUGACAUAUACCUGCUCUAUAUACAAUCCCAAGCUCCAGAAGAAUAAAACUGCAACGUUACAUUGGAAUGUUUCUGAAGGAGACUGUGAAAAGAUCAGUGUCAGUGACACACAUCACAGAUGGAUUACACCAGUGGUUUUAGUCACAUUACUCUUUGUGGUUUUACUGGCAAUUUACAUUUUGCUGAAAUAUUUUCCCAAGUCGUCACUGAAGGGACAUGGUUUGGCUGCAGGAGAAUGUGAGCUAGCUUCCCUAAAUGUUGUCAAUCCUAUAUUAGCAAAGAAGCCAUAUUUGGAUGGCCAAGAUAGUAUCGAAAUUGAACUGUUUACCAAAGAAUUAGAAGACCAUAAAGGAGAGAGACUGAAACGUGAAUUACCCUGUUGGCAAUAAAUGUAACUGCUAUAAUAUGUUCUUUUUACGUCUUUGGAUUAUUUUGUAUAUGUUUCAUUUGAUUGCUUAUAGUGAUCAUAUUGUCAAUAGUGACUCAGAAAUGGUGAUAAAUGCUCUGAAGUCCAUGCCUGUGAAUGAUACUUUGCUAUCAAUUGUGCAACACUUUAUUUUCCUUCUUCGCCACUUUGAAUCUGAAAUUUUGGGCAGGCUGCACAAGUACCAGAUUGAAGUAUUUUACAAUCAGUAAGAGGCUUGGAACUACAGGGCAUAAAGAUGGAGGGAGUCCACAUACAGAAAUUGCUAAACAUGAGCUGACAAUUAUGAUCAUAAAUUAAAAAGGUGUUGAAAUGAGCCUUCAGCUGAAGAGGGCUCGAAUACAGAUGGAUCGAUGUUAUGUUGCUGACAUAGUUAGACUCCAUUUUUUUCCUUUAUUCUUUGUUAGGAUGUGAGCAUCGCUGACAAGUACAGCAUUUGCUGCUGUCCCCAGUUGCACUAGAAAUGAGUGGUUUGCUGGGUCAUUUCAGUGGGCAAUUAAAAGUCAACCACGUUACUGUGGAUCUGGAGUCACAUGUAGGUCUCCAUUCUUAGAUGGAAUGGCAAAUUCUCCUCCCUAAAGGUGAACUAAUGGAUUUUUAAAACAAUUGAUGAUGCCGUGAUUAGUACACUACUCUAAUCUCAGUAAUGGGAACCAUUAAAUGUGUUCGUUUUGGGCACUGUGCUCAGGAAACCUAUAUUGGCUUUGAAGGGCUGCAAUGGUAUUUACCAGGAUGACACUAGGGAGAAUAGGGUUAAGCAUUGAAAACAGACUGCCCAGAUUAAGCAUGUACUUCUUUGAUCAAACUGUGAUGAUCAGAUGAUGAAGGAAAUUAACAGGAUAGAAAGAAAGGUAAUUUCCUCUGGGGAGGGAUGGGGGUUGGGGGGUGGAGUCUAGGACACAGGCUCUUACUCUUAAAAACUAGACCUAGACUGUUACAGCUAAUCUGGGGAAAUACUUCUUCAUACAAAAAUAUAGUGGAAAUCUAGAACUCUCCCCCUGCAAUAAGCUAUUGAGGCUGGAAAGCUGCUUGAAAAAUUUCAGUAUGAAGAUGUGUUGUCUGAAAUAUUAAUUGAGAAUAUAAUUGACUGAACACAUAUCUAUAUCUUGGAUUUUUUUGUAAAGAACCCUUUGCAGGGCAAAGGAGGGAAAAUAGUGUAUUCGGAAAGGACACAAGCUCCUUGAUUGGAAUGUUUGAGUCUAAUAAUUUCAGAGAAAGUUUACGCAAUUGAGUUCAUUCAUGAAAUAAAUCUAUUGAAUUUGAACACAGACAAUUAGAGGGAUAUCUUGUCUGGAGCAACAGCCGUUGCUAUCUCUGUCUUUUUCACAAUCUCAGAAACCUCUCGCUACAAAGUUUGUGAGCUGAAAAACCAAAUGGAAGGCCUUAUCGCUACAAGUGGAGAGUUUCUCAAGAGAAAGGUCUUCAAUGCCACAAUACAAGUGUUCUUAAAGGAGAACCUGGUGUGGGGACGGAAUGACUAAAUGAAUUACUCGACACCUAAAGAGGUUAUUGUUUUACACUGGAGGGGAGAGUGCCUCUGGCAGUGCAGGGUCUUCUCCACUGAACAAAGGGAAACUUACACUUUUUAUAUUUUUAUUUUUAGCCUGCCUUUGGCUGUUACAAACCAAUCAUAUUAUUAAUUGAUAUAUACAUAUCCAAUCAGGUUAAUCAUGUAACUGUGGGAUUAGUCCAAGAUAGCUUUGGGUCAUCUCAUGAUGUUUACCAGACCUUCUUAUCAUUUAUCCAUGGGCCUUCACAAUACAUCUUACUCAACCACAUUCCAGGUGUUAGCUCCUGGGUCAGUGAUUCAGUACUCCCCUGCUAAUUGCAAAAUCUUCUCCUGUCUGCCUUAGGCUGAAUGUCCAUGGGAAUGCAGUUAAAUCCUUUAAUGCCUGUAUACUUAAAACUCCAUUUUUUAUAUAACCUGUGGCUACGAUUACUUAGGGGAUCUUAACUGAUGUGGGUCAGACCCUACCCUUCUAUUCCAUGAUCAGUACCAUACUUUUGUCCAGCCUGGUAUGGAGGCUUCUAUCAGUAUUCUUCAAGCAUGUUCGUUAUCAAACUGUCUGUAUACAAGCAGCAGUUACAUUUUUAAUUCUUAUUCAACAGGACUCCUUCGUGUGCAUUUCACAAGGCCCUUUGUUUACUAUCUUAAACUUGCUACAUUCGAUGUACUCCUUCUAUGAAGGCUACGAUUGCUCUAGCUUAUAGUUUAACUUUGAACAGACUAUGGAAGCUGAUAUCUCAGCUAAAAGCUGUCAACUCACCCACUUCCAAUUAUUUUAUGCUGAUUCAGCCAUGGGCAGCCCUAACACCUGAAAUCUACCACUGCUGUCUCCAGAUAAAAAAAUUCAGCCAUACCCAAUCCUGGAAGAAAUCUCACUGCCAACAGCUUAUGGGCAAAGUGACUUCACCUACAGCCAAUAAUUGGACAAUCUGUGUCGUUUUGUGAAUGUAACUGGAUUUGACCAAAUUAAUUUUAAGAUAAUAUGCAGCAGACAUUUUAGAUUUUUUUAAUCUCAGACUUGGAGGUUGUGUGCUAGAUUUUAAGGAUAUUUGUACAUGUUUUUGCAGAUGAAAUCUUUUUGUGUUUGUAUCUUUCCUUGAUUAGGUUUUGAUUUCAAUAACCCAAUCCUGUAUUUGUUUUUGAAGGAACCUGGUUGAUUUGUUUCUGACUCAGAAUUGUUUACAUACUGUUUUAAAUAUAAUUGGCCAUAUUACCUUUCUUCUUAAACCUUGCUGUGACCAGCAUAGGAGUAGGUUAAGGACAGGGAUUGGUUCAUCCAUCCUAUCUCAUUUGUAGCAAUUUCAAAAUUGUGACUGAUAGAUUGGGUAAGUUUAAGGGUUACAGGACCAAGGCAGUUAAAUAGAGUAUGAAACAAAUCAGCCAUAAUCUCAUCAAAUAGUUAAAUGGGGUUGAGCAACAGAGUGACCAACAACACAUUGUGUCUAUAUAAUGGCUUUUGAUGUAAUAAAAUGUCCCUUAAAGCUUUGUCAUGGUGAUGGGUUUUAAGAAGUAUCUAAAAUGAGGAUGGAGUUCGGAGCAGCAAUGAUGCAUAGGGAAGGGAUUUCAGAGUUAACUGUAGGCACAACUAUCAAUAAUGGAG